UAUGUAGCAGAUUAGCAGCUACAUAGAGUGAGAGUUUUUAAACAAAAACAAUACAUAUGAUUCCUUGAGAUGGAGUCUUCCGAUACAAAAUUGUCUUCUGUUUUUAAAGAAAUAAAAUCAUUUUUAUCUCUAUCUUUUGUUGUAAAGCUCAAAGACAAUGAGUCUUUGUAUCUCUUUGCAGCACUAUCAUUUUACCCAUGUAAAACAAAGAUUUAGAUGGGAUUGUUACUUAAAAUAGAAGUAUUCAUCUCAUACAUAUGUAUAAAAGCCUCAAUUCAGGAAUUAUGCAGAGAGCAAGUUUUUUUAAAUCUCUCAGAAAUGCUGAUUUGGAAAUAUCUUGGGUUUGCAGAAGCCAAGAUAUUUACAAAAAUGUAAAUUUACAAAAAUGUAAAUUGAGUGUGCCCUGAGGCAAAUGUGCUCUGGUCAAGCUACAGGAAUUAAGCAUGCGCACAACUGUAGCCUGACAGAUUAGAUUUUCCUCCCCUCCCCUUCAAAUUUUAUUAUACAGUGUAGAAAGAACAAUAAGACACUCCAUGGCAACCUCACGCAAAAAAGCAAACAUCAUCGGGCUCAUAUCAGAAGAUGCUGACCUACAAGACUUUUUGCAUUCUUGUUCUGCAUAGCUCCGAGAAGGUGUUCCCCAUCAGAAACAAUGGAUGAAUGAAAAACACUGCUGGAUGGGAUAGAUGUGCCUGGACGCUAUCAGUAAAGGCCCAUGAUUCGGUUUUUCAGACCUUGGCCAUGGCAGCCGGGCCUGAAGUGUUCUGGAAAUGGAUGGAGCUGCAUGAUUCGGUUUCUUUGCACGCAGUAGAGAAGAGGUGGAGAAGAACUCCCAGUCUGAAGGAAUGGCAGCUCCAGAGAUGGCCUCGUUUUCAGUCAGGAGUCCAUCACCCUGCCAUGGACCAGAGCAAACUGCACCAGGCUGCCUGGACUGGGUGCUUGGAGCAGGUUAAAGCCCUUCUCAAAGCAGGGAUCUCAAUUGAUUGCCAGGACCCCCAGGGCUGGACGGCACUUCACUACGCGGCUUUCUGCGGCCACCUUGCCCUGGUCAAGUUCCUCCUUCACCGGGGCGCGGACAUCAACAGCCGCGACCUCUUCGCCUGCACUCCUCUGCACCGGGCGGCCUGGAACGGACAGACGGCGGUGGUGGAGUACCUGCUCCAGCUGGGGGCGUCGCAGGAGAUCCGCUCGUGCUCGGGGAAGGCGCCCCUGCACCUGGCCGCGGCCCACGGGCACCUGGGCGCCGCCCAGGCCCUGCUGAGGCACGGCGCGCAGGCGGACGGCAGGGACGUGAACCGGUGGACUCCUCUGCACUGGGCCGCGUUCAACGGCCAGCUCCCCACGGCCGACCUCCUGCUGGGCUGCGGCGCGGCGGUCAACGACAGGGACAGCAACGGCAUGAGCCCACUGCAGCUGGCCGCGCUGGCGCAGAGCGAGCCCAGCGUGGCGCACCUGCUGAGCCGAGGGGCCGACGUCAACGCCAAGACCGAAAACGGGCAAACCGCCCUGCAUCUCUGCGCCGCGGCUGGAAACAAGAAGAUCAUACAGCAGCUGCUGACAGGAGGAGCCGCAGCCGACGAAGCCGACAAGGAACUCGUCACCCCCUUGCACCUCGCGGCGGGCGUGGGCUCCUGCGUGGCCGUGCAUCUGCUGAUCCUGCAUGGGGGCGCGCUCGACGCCAGAGACCUGCUGCACAUGACGCCCCUGCACCACUCCGCCCUGAGAGGCAACGCGGAGGCGGCCAAGCUGCUGCUGCACUACGGCGCCGACGUGAACGCCAAGGAGCGGCUGGGCAAGACCGCCCUGCACCUCGCCUCGGAAAGGGGCCACAGCAAAAUGCUGAAGCUCCUGCUGGACAAGGGGGCCGACGCCUCGCUGGAGACGCACUGGAAGGAGACGGCUCUAGACCUCGCUCUGGAGAACAAGCAGUCCGGCGCUCUGCAGGUCAUUCAGGGAUACAGCAAGCCUCAUCCAAAGCCGAAGGUUAAACACGUGCUAUUCAGUUUGCAGUAGCGCACGGGCUUUUACAGAGAAAACUAGAUGACGGAAUAUCGAACUGAUGAAUUCUGCAACACGUCCAUGUGCUUUUUGUGCAACGCUGCUAGUGGGAUGCUAAGAUUAUUCUUUCUAAUGUUGUGAAUGGGAAAUCAGAGCUCUGUACACGGACUGUGGCUAUAUGGACGUUCACCAGCACAAUUGUGGGGUCACAAAUCCCCCCAAAACAGAGAGAUGAUUAAAAGCGUUUUAUGAGUUAACAAAGAAAACGUGAAAACAACUGGCGUCCAUGUUAAUGUUUUCUUAUUUCAUAUUCUAUACACUUCCGUGAAUUGUGUUUUUGAGUAACACAGUCUACAGAAAAAUGAAAACCGGAAAAUAAUUAAUAAAAGAGGAAUUUCUGUUUCCGACGUAAUAUUACAUUCAACACCUCCUCCCACCGAAGAAGGCUCCACAGCCGAAACGUUUCUUUUCUUCUCUUUUCAGCAUGGAAUAAACCUUUACUUGUUCCUUUGCUGCCUUCCUAAUUGUAUUUAAUUUUAAAAAAUCAGUUCUACUGUAACUCCCAACUCUAGUGAAAUUGACAUGAUAUAAUCAGAGAGAAUAACUCCUUGGGUUAAGACCAGGUUUUAUUGUUAAAAUAAAUACUUAACCACAGGGUAGUGAGUACUCAGUCUGAAAAAGUCUUCUUGUUUUUCCACUCGCUUGUGUUUGCCCACAUUGUUAGGAUCUCAAUUAAACAACUGGGCUGAUUUUCAGGUUGAACGAGUUUUACCUGUUCGUACCCCCUCACUAUGACUUUUUGAGUAUUGGGUAGAACAGGAAACUCACCCAAAUGGUCCUCAGAUCGAUCUCCUAAUGAAAUGUAGCCCCCAGCUUGGUCAUUGUCAAAGUGUUGGUUUUGUAUUCUCUGAACCACAGGCGUUUAACCAAAUUUUGAUUUUA